AUGUCUUCAAUCAAGAUUCCGCUAACGCCCCGUGUGCGCGAACUAGACCUUGUUGAUAAGGUCGCUGUUGUGACCGGCGCAUCUCGGGGCAUCGGACGUGCUAUCGCCUUCAACCUGGCCUCUCGUGGAUGUUCCAUCCUAGGGACUGCUACCAGUGACACGGGCGUCGCUGCCAUCGCGAAAGGCCUCAACGACGAGGUCACCAGUCGCGCCUUCGAAGGUACAUCUCGGCAGAGACCUGCGCGUCUCCUUAUUACAGCAGUCGUUGCAGACAUCUUCUCUACCGAGUGCGCCAGUAUAAUUACCGAAGAGGUCACCAAGAGCUUCAAUGGCCGCGUGGACAUCUUCAUCAACAACGCCGGUGCCAUAGGGACCGACACGAUAGGAGAAAUGGAUGUCAACCAUGUCCAACAAAGUCUACUCGCCAACGUUCAAACCCCCGUCAUGAUUGUCGAAGAGUUCACUCGUCGGCACUUCUUCCAGCCCAACAGCCGCAUCGUCUACAUCUCAUCUAUCCGAUCCCAUUUCCCAUGGAGCGAGCAUCUCGUGUACUCCGCUGGAAAAUCAGCGGGUGAGUCACUGUGUCGUACUUGGGCACAGGCUUUCGGUGGCAAGGACGAGAGAUACUCCUUCAUGGCCGGAACUACGGCCAAUUCUUUGUCGGUCGGCUUGACCGAGACGGAUUCCAUGAUGAACUGCCCACCCGACAUUUUAAAGCAAUUACAGAAUGAAUUCUACCCCUCGCAGAGUAUGCCACGUUUUGGACAGCCUGAUGAUAUUGCGGAUAUCGUUGGACUUCUUUGCAGCUCGGAUGCUCGAUGGAUUACGGGAUGUGUUGUUAGUGCUAGUGGAGGGGGUAUCAAGAUUGGUUCAGGCUAA